AUGUUGAAGGAUUUUCGGGAAAAGAAGGAGACCGUUGUCGUUGCAGCCAUAAGGACCCAACGCUCCCUCCCGGCUAGCGUGCUCCAUGCUGACGAGGGUGUAGACUUAACCAAGGACACUCAGUUCGUCCGACUUCAGCACAGUCACCAGCAGGACGUGCAGGUUUUCGCAGUACUUGUUCUUUGCUUCAUCAGAACUGGCCACUGGGUGGGGGGAAGCGUAUGUGCUGACUAUGGUGGUGAAUUUGGUUCCCCCUUAGAGGCAGGCGCAGGGCCAUGAGGUGGUUGCUGAUGCCCUGCGGCAGACAGGGCAGUCGUUUCGGAUAGAACAGGAGACGCCGGCGUCUUGCCGCUCUGUCUUUGGGCGGCCGCUCCAAGAUAAGGCGUAGCCAACAUCCACCCGCUCCCCGGCUGACCCUGUUCGGAAAAUUGGGUCACCAUGUACUGCGCCUAUCCUCCAGUGACUAACGCUGUCCUCCUUUCCGGCCGGUCGUCCCUCAGAGUGUCUAAAAGGGAACAUACAGUCUAGGCCACCACAGUAUGUAGAGCCACUCGGAUGGCCUGUAGGAUGGGGCAGAAGGGGGUGGGAACGAAUGUUGCUGUUUAUUUGGUUAUUUUGGACGCAGGUUUUGCGUCUACAAGCCAUAGUCAUCUUGCAGACGGCGCGACUUCCCGGCAUCGACCCAGGACACCUCCUCUAACCCCAUCCCCUUCGCGGAGGCAAGCAUCUCAGGCAUACACCAUGGGUUAGGGCUUUCCUUCGAUAAGCUGACGGCUCAAAAUAGCCUGGGCCGUCUACUGGAUCGCUUUCGUUCACUCCAUAGGACCUUUUCGGUUUUCGGGAGAAUAGGACGAGAAGUAUAAGCCCUGGACGUUGGAUAUGCACGAAACACACACCCACGUACCGACUACCCUCAUCUGGUUUAACCCGCUGGCCGCUGAGCUGUGGCCGCCAGGCGGAUCCUAGUUUGGGGUUGCCACAUGUGGGCAUUGGCUGCCUAUGUGAGGGGCCGUGUGGAGUAGUAACCACCUGCACGACGCACACGGAGCGACCUUUCGCCCCUGCACACCCCCUGCCGGAUGUACUUCAGAUGUAAAGAAACCUACUUUCAUGUAAUUGAGGCUUCACUUUCACUUCAAAAGAAGGACCUAAACUAGUGAUUAUUAGACCCUUCUAAGGUACACCGGAUGUAAGCUUUCGAGCAAAAACACAAGAGCUGAGAACCAACUUAUACAUUUUCCUAGGUACUCAAAGCCCCCCUAAAUAGUGUAGUCGCGUAUGUUUGCACAGAAUCCGAGCCGCUUUGAUACCAUUUCAAUGCAAGAGCAAAGACAACCUUGUCAGGGCUGAGGUCUACGUGGGGGCAGUAUUACCAAGCACUUCGAACGGUCAAUCAAGCAUACGGCGCGGGGACCGGGAGUACGACUGGUACCAUGUGCUCACGAGUGUGCGUCUGUACUAGAGCCUGUACAGUGACUUCGCCACGGGGUGGUACGGAACUCUAUCCGAAUACGAUCGUAACUGAAUUUCAUUCUAUUGAUGGCGCGCCGAAGAUGGGGUGGGGGAAGGAAUUGCAGCCGGGAAACCAGAUGCGUAACACCGAUCAGUUUAGUCUGAACUAGGAAUCGUGACCACAGGGAAAUACUACUACUACUACUACUACUACUACUACUACUACUACUACUACUACUACUACUACUACUACUACUACUACUACUACUACUACUACUACUACUACUACUACUACUACUACUACUACUACUACUACUACUACUACUACUACUACUACUACUACUACUAA